AUGUCCUACUACUACGAGCAGUGCAAGCAGCCCUGCCUGCCCCCUCCCAUCUGCGUGCAGAAGUGCGCCAAGUGCGUGGAGCCCUGCAAGACGGCGUGCGCCGAGCAGUGCGUGGAGGUCUGCCAGGCCCCCUGCGCCACCCCCUGUUGCGCCCCGCAGUGCGUGGAGCCCUGUGCCACCCAGUGCACCACCUCCUGCGCCCCUCAGUGCGUGGACGUCUGCGCCCAGUCCUCCUGCGCCCCGCAGUGCGUGGAUGUCUGCGCCCAGUCCUGCUGCGCCCCGCAGUGCGUCGACGUCUGCGCCCCGCAGUGCCCGGCCCAGUGCGCCGAGCCCUGCGCCCCACAGUGCUCCACCAAGUGCCUGGAGACCUGCCAGGCCCCCUGCGUGGAGACCUGCACCACCAAGUGCGUCGAGUCGUGCGAGACGGUGUGCCUGGAGCCCGCCUGCUCCCGCCCCUGCUGA